AUGGAAGAACCGGACGGAACACGGAGGCCACCGUGCCGACUGCCGGAACGGCUUUUCGCAGUCGGGGAAGAACCCGCCGGCGUUAGGGUUACUCCUUACCAUAAAGCAGGCGCAAUCAGGGAAAUUCUUAAUGCCCUCGAUCCAGCGGAAGUCGACCACAUCAGAAGUUCUCCAUUCGGGCGAUUGAUAGAGAUCGCCGACAAACCAAGUUUCUCCGGGAGGUUUGGGAGAUAUAUACUCUCCAGACAGCUUAAAGUGUUUAAGAAACAUGAGGCUUGGUUCCUUUUUGCCGGAAAACCAAUUAGGUUUUCAAUCCGAGAGUUUGCGAUGGUAACGGGUCUUAACUGCAGCAAAUUCCCAAAACGGGGCAAAAAGAAGUCAAGAAAUUUCAUGGAAGAUAAACCAUAUUGGGGUGAACUCUUUGGAUCCUUCAGAGAGGUCCCAGUCUCAUCUGUUGUGAAGAUGUUGGCGAAGAAGACGGUUGUAGAUCGAGACAUCAGGCUUAAGUACGCAUAUCUCGCCUUAGUCUCCGCUGUGAUUCUCCCAACGACACACGCACCGCGUAUUUCGGUAGAGUACGCCGAGAUGAUAAAGGAUUUGGAUACAUUUCUAGCACACCCAUGGGGGAGGGUCUCAUUCGAGAUGUUAAUUAGCAGCAUCAAGGAGAGAAAGGAAGUGUCAUUGCUUCAGAACACGAUUGCUUUGAAGGGAUUUGUUUUAGCCCUGCAGCUUGUCAUUGUGGAAUGCGUGCCCGCGCUAACCGAAGUUGUGCAAGAUGGAAGUUCAUCUGGUUCGGACGGCGAAACCGGUGGUGAUGAUAAUACGUUAGAGAUGGAGAAAGGGGAGAGGAGAAAUAUCAGCCCUGGUCACGCCCGCGACACAGAUGCUGCCGGGAAGGCUAUUGUCGAGUCCAUACUGCUUGAUGCAAAUGGAGAGAUAACAGUACCUGAAGUUUAUCAAUGGUCAGACGAUGAAGACGACGGUGGCGUGUCUAAUAUGGUGGGGUUAAUAGAGCAGCGCUAUGGUUUCAGCAAUGACUGUUUUGUUGGUGGGGCAACAAUACAGGAUGUUAUAAAGAUGCGUGAAGAGUCAAAAGCUGAAAUUGUAAACCGCAAGAUAGCAAAAUCGAAGGCCGGGACAUCUUAUCAGGCACAAGAUGGGCUGGACACAGAUUUGUUGGCCUCCAUUGUGAGGGAAAAACUGAAGGACGACUUCCAGCUCUUACAUGGCAGCAUAUCAACCAUCCAGGAAUCAUGUAAUGGCUUCACUGAAACCAUCCUUGUCAACAUCAACGAGGUUUUUGGAAUGGUACAAGAUAAUGCCCGUGCUAUUAAAACCCUCUCAGAUCAAAUUAGUAAGUUCACUCCUACACCGGCGGUUGCUACUGUCGACUCGGUGCCUCCCCGGCCAAAAGUGGUUAAUGCGGGAAAACAAACAAUUGACGAUUCCACAGACAUAAUAGGAAAAGCAAUCAACUUUGCUAACCGGUCAUCUGUCAUUUCUACUGAUCCUGCUAAUAAGAACUAUAUCCAGGAUGUUGAAAUGGGGUCCGAACCAAACACGGUUGCACAUGGAGUAACUACCGAUGGUUGCCAAGAAGGCGGGCAGGGAGAGCAGAACACAUCUGAAGAUGAGCAGUUACAUCCUCCACAGACAGCCACAGUAGCUGAAUCGCUGCAGCCUCUUGAUCCAGCCUUGGUAUUUCCCAACCCCACAUUCUCGCUUGGCCUUACCCAGGAGGCAGUUCUGGUUAAAAAUUCGAACUCCAAUGUCAACGUUGAGACUGACCAGCAAGUUUCCGAAGAAGACAACCACGUUGAUGCAAACAUACCAGAAGCAGAUGGGUGUAGGAAAAGCAAGAGGCACAAGGUACUAACAAAGUCGCUCAUGGCUGAGUACCAGUGUGACAAAGGAUUUUUGAACCGUGCGAGAAAGGCAGUGGCUGAUGCAAUAUACAAGGGAGGGGACAUUGAUUACUCGGCUAAAUUUGGAGCUUUGAUGGAGAAGAUGAAGAAGCCGUUUGAUCUAACUACUGCGAAGGGAACUCUUCAGAGCACCGAACUGAAGGAGGUCAUUGAGAGAGCAACCCAACUAUCGGCUAAGGUGGUGGAUGUCCUAAUGUUCCACACUAGUUCAUUGUUCCGGUCCGGAUCAUCUCUUAACUAUCUAGCGGGGCCACUUCCGGCUUACGCUGAUGCCGACCGUUUCUAUUUCCCAUUCUGCCUUGAUAAAACUUACUGGGUUGGCAUCUGCGUUGAUUGUGGGACAUGGAGCGUGACUGUCUUUGACUGCAACAUCUCGAUUAGGACUGACUACAUGAUGAACAAAGAAGUUAGACCUCUAGCAUUGAUGUUUCCUUAUUUGCUGAAGCAGGCGUUGGGUAUUAUAAUGGAAAUGGGACCUGGAAUCCCGCGUCGGUGCCCGUGUGGAGCCCUGACAGUUGUUCUGACAUCAAAAACCAAGAAAAACCCUGGUCGGAGAUUCUACAGGUGUGGGGUUGUGUUUGGUGAAAACCACCUGUUUAAGUGGGCCGAUGAAGCUCUUGUGGAGGAGAUAGAAGCAUUGGCAGAAAAGCAGACAGCCAUAGCCAAUUGCCUCAUCGAAAUGAAGGAACAAGUUGUGGACAUUAAGAACGACAUCAAAGAGAUUGUUGAAGUUGUUGCCGCAUUUUCUAGGAAGCUACGCAAGUAA